CACUCGGAGAUGUCCCUCCUGUGACUGGGUGCACCAUGAGCAUCUGGGAGGUGAUCCUGGCUUUUGUGAUGGUGGUGCUGAUGCUUGUGGCCCUGCUGGCCAACGUGCUGGUGCUGAUGUGCUUCUUGUACAGCGCCGACAUCCGCAAGCAGGUCCCAGGAUUGUUCAUCCUCAACCUCACCUUCUGCAACCUGUUGAUGACCGUCUCCAGCAUGCCCCUGACCUUGGCUGGGAUCAUUUACAAGAGGCAACCGGGAGGAGAUCAGAUCUGCCACGCUGUGGGCUUCCUGGAGACUUUCCUCACCACGAACUCCAUGUUGAGCAUGGCAGCGUUGAGCAUUGACAGGUGGAUUGCCGUGGUCUUCCCUCUAAGUUACCACUCCAAAAUGAGGUACAGAGAUGCUGCUCUCAUCCUGAGCUACACGUGGUUACACUCCGUGUCAUUCCCCAUAGUGGCAGCGUCUCUCUCCUGGGUGGGUUUCCAUCACCUCUAUGCCUCCUGCACCCUGUACAACAAGAGACCAGAGGAUAGGACACAGUUUGUGAUUUUCACUGGGGUCUUUCACACCCUCAGCUUCCUCCUCUCCCUUAUAGUCCUGUGUUUCACUUAUCUCAAAGUGCUGAAGGUGGCACGGUUCCACUGUAAGCGGAUUGACGUGAUCACUAUGCAGACCCUGGUACUGCUUGUGGACAUCCAUCCCAGUGUAAGAGAGCGUUGUCUAGAAGAGCAGAAGAGACGGAGGCAACGAGCAACAAAGAAAAUAAGUACCUUCAUUGGUACCUUUAUACUUUGUUUUGCACCUUAUGUUAUCACAAGACUUGUUGAAUUAUCCUCCUCCAUCCCCAUCAACUCCCACUGGGGAAUUAUCUCCAAGUGCUUAGCUUACAGCAAAGUAGUUUCAGACCCUUUUGUUUACUCUUUGCUACGGAAUCAGUACAAGAAGACAUGGAAGGACAUCAUAAACAAGAUCCUCAAAAGGAGCUCCAUCAACUCCUCUGCCCUCACGAGCGAGUCGCACAAUCGAAAUAUAUUGCAGCUGAAUGAAUGAGGAGCCUUCCUCGUGGGUAUGGGAUCUUCCAGAAGCAUUAAAUGAUAUACGAGAAACAACAGUAACUGGCCUAUCCCUAGUAGCUAUCCUCAGCUGUCAAGGCUUUGGGAAGUGGUCACAGGGGCUGUGUCCCUUCCACAGCCCUCAUACACCCACGGGAGGCUGCUUUGAGCCUCCUCUCUCCAACUGCAGCGUGCUAUUGGUGCGUGGCCCUGCAGACUUCACCAAGACCAAUCUCCCAUUGAUUUCCAUCCGCAGUUACACAUAGAGUGAAAAGCUGCUCCUUGAUGGGAGAGCUAGUGAGAGUAGCAGGAGCAGAAAGGUGAAACAGUGAGAUUCUUUUUAAAAAAACCACACAGAAAUGUAUCUGUGCCACGUUCUUCACUGGCUGCAGAUCAGGGUCUUUCUGAUGGAUCUGCCAGCUUUACAAAACAACCUCAACCUGAUUGCUUCAGCAGGUACCCUACAGUAAAGAUCUUAAUAGGACAAUCUGAAUAGCAAAAUCUUUACCUGGGCACUCAUACAGUGACCAGUAUAGCUUUCAAUCUCAUUUGGUACAUAUCAUUUGAACAAUUCUGUAGAACUGAGUGAAAAGAAACUCUCUUUUGAGUACAUUACAGGCUGGAUUCUGAUGUGUCCUCUAAGUAACUUUCACAGAAUUCUAUUACUUUCCUCUUCAUUAAAUUUUAAAAGACUAAAAAAAAAAAAAAAAAGGUAGAUAAAUAGGAUGGAAUGGUUAGGAUGCCUCCUGCCUACCCUCAACCCCCUUUUUAGGAUUUCUGAAUUAUAAAGAGAUGAAAUGUGUCCCAAAGCUGCAAAAAUCAAGAAAUCAAGAAUAAUAAUUAAUUGGUUGUCCCUGCUAUGAUUUUAGUAAUAAUUCAUAAUACAACUUGCAUCAAGAAAAUGUGUCCUCCUCGUAAUAUCUUGAAAUUAUUUUCUGGUAAAGGCCUAUUGGUCUCAGAGGCUUUACAUUUGUACUUUGAUAGGCAAAAGACUUGCAAUCAAUUCUGACCAUAACUCUAAUCAUUUGUCUCCAGCAAAGUCCACAAGGCACAGGUAAGAUAACAUAAGAAAUUUUUACUUAAUAUGUCAAGAAACUGUUCUGUUUAAUGGCCAUAAAGUACACGAAUUGUUGGUAAGGUGAAACAGCAAAUACAUCACAUGCCCAGAUUAUGAAUAGUCUUGGCUUAUCAGGUUCCAUGCAUGCAGUGGCAGUUUAUAUAACAGCUGUCACAGCUGGCUCUGUUAACAUUUAUUCUUCCUUAUAUUCCCACUGUAAAUACAGAAAUCAGAAUCAUAUUGAUGGAAUUACUUUUUAGCUGUGUCCUCCAAGCAAAGGGCACUGGAUGGCGUCCAUAGCUCUGCAAAAGACCUUCCCUUUGCUUGGAAGAUACAAGAGAAAGUAGCUAAAUUAGUAUAUUCUGCUUCGUUUAUGAUAAAUAACCAGUAUCAAUCAUUUUGCAAACCUCGGCAUACUCUGUUUUACAAGUUCCACCAUGAAUAUUUGUCCUUUAACACGACAGACAUUACGACAACAACAGUCACCUUGAUACCUGGCAAAAAACAUCUGUUGAUGUUGCUCACCAUCAGUUCAAAACCUGGAUAGGUAACUCAGUGAACCCCAAAGUCAAUAUAUUAGGGGUAAUAACUUGGGUGCUGGCGUGCAGAGCCUUGCCUUAGCCCCACUCUCUGGCAUGAUAUCACAGCUGCAAGGAAAAUGUUAAUCUAAUGUUAAUCGCAUUGCCACCUGCAUUGUAAAUGCAAGAUUUAAUAGAAUGAAGAUCAGUAACAGUCACGUAAAUAAAAAUCUUCAGCUUAGCUAUCCAGUUUAGUUAUAAAACUGCAGCAUAAAUAAGGUAAAAUACAUACACAAAUAUAGUCAUGGGAUCUACGGGAACUGUGUUCAAGGUUAGCCAUUAGUCAUAUUGCAUUGUCUACCUCAUCUUAACCAUUGGACUUGUUAGGCUUAAUGUAAUUUUCUCAGGUGCAAUAAGUAAAAAGACCCUGUUUGAUACUUGUUUCUUACGAAAUUCAAGUUGUUUGGAUAACUUUGUUGUAUCCUGAAAGGACAUUACAAAGCUGUCAGAGAGGGUCCAGAGGAGGGCCAGGCAGAACAGGCUGCCCAGAGA